AUGUCCUAUGAGAACUAUGAUCCUUGCUUCCCGGACCAGCCGGUUGUGGACCGUUACCUCCCCUUAUGGGCUAAACAACCUAGUUUCCGGUACAAGCCCGCCUUUGUGUGGGCAGAGGACUCUCCCAGGGGCAUGGCAUGGGCCUCCAUCACCUACACGGAGCUCAGCUCCUCUGUGGAAGACAUCGCCUCCCGGCUCCUCCACCCUCUCCAGAGAGGUGACACCCUCCUUAUCCUCUGUUCUCCUGGUCUCCAACUUGUAAAGCUCCUCUUCGCCGCUCAACGUGCCGGCCUCGUUGCUAUCCCUAUCAUCCCUCCAGAUCCUUCUUCCUUCUCCCCAGCCAAACAAGGCCCCGCCCAUCACCACCUCCUAAGGGCCCUUUCCCAGGCCAACCCAAAGGCUGCCAUAGCCCAUUCAUCCUACAUCUCUGCCGUGACCAGAUCUAUUUCGCCGUCGACUUCCGAUCGGCUUGCUCGCCUACUUCACAAACUCCAGUGGAUCCCUGUCGACGAUUUGGAGGAUGAGAACCAAAACUCUUGUUGCCCGAAUUCAGACACUUCAGAGUAUUUGGGCUGUGGGCCGACUGACACUUACCUCAUCCAGUACACUUCUGGUGCAACUGGAAUACCGAAGCCGGUGCUCGUGACUGCUGGUGCCGCAGCUCAUAAUGUGAGGGUGGCGAGGAAGGCCUACGACCUCCAGCCGAGCAGCGUCAUUGUGUCGUGGCUGCCACAGUAUCAUGACUGUGGCCUAAUGUUCCUCCUGCUAACUGUUGUCUCAGGUGCCACCUGCGUGCUCACCUCACCGGGGGCCUUCUUGCACCGGCCUCGCCUCUGGCUUGAGCUCAUCACCGAGUUCAAGGCCACUUGCACCCCAGUUCCUUCCUUCACCUUGCCGCUAGUGGUAAAAAGAGGAGGUAUCGACCAAGGGACACUACGUCUGAAGCUGGGGAGCAUGAGGAACCUAAUCCUGAUCAAUGAGCCUAUCUACAAAUCUUCAGUCGAUGAAUUUGUUGAUGAAUUCGCUCGUGUGGGGCUCAACCCAUCGUCGAUCUCUCCAUCCUAUGGCCUGGCAGAGAACGGCACCUUUGUCUCCACCGCAUGGCAAUGCCAAGGGGAAGAAGGGUGUCGCUACCCAAAUAUGCCGUCCUACAACAAGCUUUUGCCUUCCGCGAGGCUCUCAUCGCCUUCCUCCUCGUCAUCAUAUGAAGAAGAGGAGAUGGAUAUAAUCGUGGUGAACCAAGAAACCUGCGAGCCAGUGGAGGACGGGGUGGAGGGAGAGAUAUGGGUCUCUUCUCCAAGCAACGCAGCGGGGUACCUCGGACACCCAUCCUUAACUCAUGAAGUGUUUCAUGGGAGGCUCCCAGGGAGGGCUGGCAAAUGUUAUGUCAGGACCGGAGAUCGGGGGAUCGUCAAGGGAGAUGAGAGGUAUCUUUACGUAGUUGGUCGGACUGUUGACGUGAUAAGAAUGCAUGAUGGCCGGAAUUCAGUACAUGCACACUAUAUCGAGACUGCGGUGCAUAACAGCAGUCCCAAGUAUCUGAGAGGAGGGUGUGUUGCUGCAUUUGAAAUGGCAUCGCCGAUGCCGAGCAAGAGAAUGGUCGUCGCGGUAGUCGCAGAGUUGCAGACGAAAGAAGAGGGAGGGAGAGUUGGUACUUAUAGAAGGAUAGGUGAGGCGAUAAGAGAGGGUGUGCUGAAGGAAGAGGGGGUCCGGGUUGGGUGGGUGGUGUUGGUGGAGAGUGGGAGUGUUCCGAAGACAACUUCGGGGAAGCUAAGGAGGUGGUUGGCGAAGAACAAGCUGUUGGAGGGGAGAUUUCCAGUAGUCUGCGAGGUCUGCUUCGAGGAGUACUCGUCGGCCGUUGAGGAGAGAGGGGAGAAGGAUGGAGUGGGGAGUGGUGAGGUGGGAGAGGGAAUGAGAGAUGCGGUACUGGUUCGGGCUCUAGGAACUGCUGGUCGCCGGUUCUCUUUGAUUUCGUUUUUGUGA